AUGUCGAUUCCUUCGUUCACAGUGAAGCCAAUUGAAACCAUCCCAAAAAUGUCGAAUGAAAACACCCACUUUAUAGCAGAGAUGAUGGAAUGGGUUGAUGGUAAGAUGGACGCAGAUGUCAAACAAAAAACGCCAAUUAAUAAAGCGCCAUCAUCAGAUCCGAUCAUGGAACUUCUCAAGUUAAAAAUUCUUCUUCAUGCAAAAGACUGUAUGAAAGCAGAAACCGACAGAGCAAGAAUGUUUGAGAUGCAAUUGGCACAACUAAAAGCGGAAAAGGCUGAGCUUUUGAAGAAAAAUUUGGUGUUGGCUGAAGAGAAUCAAAAGAUGAAGGACGAAUUUAAAGCUGAACAAAAACGUGUUCAAAAUUUGGUUGUAGAGAAUUACAGCAACUUAAUCAAACAAUUGAAUGACCCACAGUGCCAUUGUGAAUGCAUUGAACAACAAAACACAAAUUGUACCGAAGUAGACACUAAGUAA